AAGGCAGCAUCCGCGCUCUCCACCUGCCCGAUGUGCGCAUGCGUCAUGCCCAUUUGCAGCGACUCGCUCUCGCAGUCAGCCAACCCGCGCAUCGUUAUCCAGGCCGAGCUGUCAUCCACGUCCCGUCCUCUCCAGACGAGCACCGUGUUUAUCCACACCGUACCCGGCGGGGCCCCGGUGAUCCAGGUUGAUUUCCCUGCGGAGACGUAAAGGCUGUUGUCGAGACAUUUACUCCCGCAGCGAACGAGACGGCUUUGAGAUGAAGUUGGAGAGGGGUUGGAUGUGGUGUGCGCUGCUCCUGUCCUCGCUCGCCGUAGCAGCUGUGGCGACCCAGGAGAAGCAGUUGGAGGUUGAUAUUUCAGAUAUCUUCGAUGAAGAUAUAGGGUUGGACCAGGAAGAAUUAAAUGUUCUGAUGGCAGAGGAGGAGGAGGUGGAGGAGGCGGAGGAGGCGGAGGAAGAGGAGGAGGCGGCGACAGUGAUGGACGAAGACCACUCGGACGAGACAGACGGGACAGCAAGUGGCAAGGCUGAAAUGGAUGCAAAUGUCUCCUUCCAGGUAACAUACAAGACUCCCGUCCCUACUGGAGAUGUCUACUUUGCAGAGACGUUUGAUGAUGGUUCACUGGAAAGUUGGCAGCUGUCAAAGACAGUGAAGGGGGAUGCAGAUGAUGACAUCGCCAAAUAUGACGGGAAGUGGGCUGUGGAGCAGCUGAAGGAGAACAAAGUUCCAGGAGACCAAGGUCUGGUGCUCAAGUCCCGGGCCAAACACCACGCCAUCUCUGCAAUGCUGAACAAACCCUUUGUCUUCCAGGAUGAACCUCUGGUUUUACAGUAUGAGGUGAAUUUCCAGGAUGGUAUCGACUGUGGUGGAGCAUACAUCAAACUGCUUUCAGACACUGGCAAUCUCAAUCUGGAGCAAUUCCAUGACCGUACACCGUACACCCUAAUGUUUGGACCAGACAAGUGUGGGGAGGACUACAAGCUGCACUUCAUCUUCCGCCACAACAAUCCUCUGAACAAAGACAUGGAGGAGAAGCACGCCAAGAGGGCUGACGUCGACCUCAAGAAGUUCUACACUGACAAGAAGACGCACCUCUACACUCUGGUCCUGAACCCAGACAACAGCUACGAGAUGUUCGUAGACCAGUCCAGUGUGAGCCGCGGCAAUCUGCUGAAUGACGUGGUGCCUCCAGUCAACCCCCCCAAAGAGAUCGAUGACCCACAUGACUCUAAGCCGGAGGACUGGGACGAGAGGGCCAAGAUUCCUGACCCUGAGGCGGCCAAGCCCGAUGACUGGGACGAAGAUGCUCCAGCAAAGGUUGAAGACCCCGACGCUUUGAAGCCAGAGGGCUGGCUGGACGACGAACCAGAGUUUGUGUCCGACCCGAGCGCCGAGAAACCAGAAGACUGGGACGAGGAGAUGGAUGGAGAGUGGGAAGCCCCGCAGAUUCCUAACCCCGCCUGUGAGACGGCCCCCGGCUGUGGGGAGUGGAAGCGUCCCCAGAUCAACAACCCUCAGUACAAGGGCAAGUGGAAAGCCCCUCUGGUGGACAAUCCCAACUAUCAGGGAGUCUGGAAGCCGCACAAGAUCAAUAACCCAGAUUAUUUUGAGGACCUGCAGCCGUUCAGGAUGACACCUUUCAAGGCCGUGGGCCUGGAGCUCUGGUCCAUGACCUCAGAUAUCUACUUUGACAACUUCAUUAUCACCUCUCACAAGGAGGUGGCCGACCGCUGGGCCUCCGACAGCUGGGGGCUGAAGAAGCUGGUGGCCAGCGCUAACGAGCCGGGGAUUUUUGCUCAGCUGAUGAUUGCAGCAGAGGAACGACCGUGGCUCUGGGUGAUUUACAUUCUGACAGUUGGCCUGCCUGUCGGAUUGGCUGUGCUCUUCUGCUGGCCAAAGAAAUCAGAUGACGACUACGUUUACAAGAAGGUGGAUCCUCCCCGGGCUGAUAUAGAAGAAGAGGAAGAGGAGGAUGAAGAAGAAGAAGAGGAGGCAGCAGGAGAUGAGGAAGACAAAGCAGCUAAGGCUACAGAAGGAGCUCCAGCUGCAGCAACAGAAGAGGCUGAGGAGGAGGAGGAUGAAGCCGAUGCAGGAGGUGACAAUCUAGAGGGGGAUGAUGAUGAGGAGGAGGAGGAUGAAGAAGAGGAGGAGGAAGAAGAAGAAGAAGAGGAGGAGGAGGAGGCAGCAGAAGAGGAGAGCAAAGCUCCUGAGAGAACAUUAGAAGAGGAGGUUUGUGUAAUUCCGAAGGAGGGAGGAGACGUCGCUGAAGAGAGCCACAAACAAGCUGUGCGAAAGAGGAGGGUACGGAAAGACUGAGGAGGUGAACGCGCCUCCUGUCUCCCCCAAUGCGGAAGGGUGGAAGGGCCGUCUCAGCUGCUGCUCCACCCUCUCUGAGGAGAGCAGCACGCAUUUCCUCCAAACCACCCGGUAGCCUGCAGUCACCCCGGCUGCCCCAUCUCCCUCGGCUACACCCAUCACAGGACCGCAGUCUCCCACACCACAUCCUGCAUCCCCUCAUCUCGUCCAGUCUCUUCCUCCUGCCUGCUCAUUGAAUGAUUGGAUGAACCCCCUGGAGAUUCUGUGCAUUUAGAUGUUUUUCCUCCUCCAUCCCGAGCUUCCACGCUUUCUUCAUCCUUCUUCUCUUCUCUCUGCUGUCAAAUAUGCCUGUCAGCCUGAAAAGGCCCACCUCUUCCACCACUGUUCCCUGUUCACCCCGUCUCUGCUGUCAGCCUUCUCUCUGAAUAUACGCCAUCAUAGUUCUACCAGUCGGUCUCCUCUGAGAGUGAUGGCAGCAGACGGUCUGCGCUGCUGCCGGCUCCAGUUGUUCAUACAAUUUUACAGCAUAUCAUAGGGGCUGCAUCUCAGAGGUUUCUUUAUUCUUGUGUCCUUUUGUUUUAAAGAACAUGUUCGAGAACACAGUUUGGCAAACUUCCCACCUUGUUUGAAAUUGUUCUAGUUUCAAGAACAGACCGGGAGGAGAGGACGCCAGGCUGCUAGGAGAGGCUGUUUGAGAUUUAUUUGCAGAGUCGGGGCAUUUCAGCUGAUAAAUUGCCUCAGCUUAGGUUUAAAAGUUUACCUCUUUGAAAUGGAUGUUCUGUUUAGAUUUUAGGUAGUUUGUUUGUAAGGAGCAUCAGUUACUUUUGGGUUUUUUUUUAUAGCAAUUUAAGAAUUGAGGAUUAACACAGACGACACUAUUUAUUGGUUUUGUUUAAGAUUUAUGUUAUGCUGGUAAGAAUAAAGAUUUAAUAUUGCAGUGUUUGGAAUGACUCUAGCCAGUGUUCUUAAAUAUGAUAUGCCACUGAUGUGCUUAUUCUGAACCUAGAUCUGUUCCAAAGGUCUAGGUCUGAUCGAAACACUGAAUGCCUUGGCCAUCAGUUGUCAAUAAGACAGGAUUAGUGGGUUUCUGCAGCAAACCGCUGGAUAUUAAACAUGUCUCAUUCAGUCAGCACACAGCAGCGCUUUUCCAGAAUAUCUAGACUAGCUGGAGUUAACAUCCAAGAUUAUUGCCUGGGAAAAACAUUAAUGAUAAUUUAUUUGUUUUAUAUUAUUGUCUCAAGCUUUUGUAGUUCAUGUUUUUUGCCAGAUUCUGGCAGAAAUCCUUGUUUACAUUUGUUUGCAAAUUGUACAUUGCUCUUGAAAAUAAAACUAUUUAAUACAAAAAAAAAAAAAACUCUCAGAAUAUAUUCUCUUG